UAGACAGUGUUCUUUCAGACAGUCACCCGGAGUGUAGUUUUAGACAAUUAAAUGUCAGUAUAAGUGCGUCUAUAAGGACUGAUAACUACUUCACUGAAAGAUCAGGAUUACUGUAAAGAGAAGAAUGGAGAUGAGUGAGGAGAUUUAUGCAAAUGCAGAAGGUACAGCAGACAACAGAGCUGAUUCCAGUGACUGUGAGAACUCUUAUGAAGAUGUUUAUGCGAAUGAGGACAAUUUGGAGACCCAGAGGACCGGAAGUUUCAAGCAAUCUAAUCGUUCAGGAUUCAACACUGUAGGAGGCAGGUGUUACAGACUGACUGCAGUGUGUGUGUUGCUGCUGUGCGUUUUUAUGCUGACUGCCAUCACAGUGCUGUGGAUCAAAUUCACCAACCUGAAUACACAAAUAGACCAGUUACAGACCAGUUACAACAACCUGACUAUAGAGAGCUCCCAGUUACAGACCAGUUACAUCACCCUGACUAUAGGGAGAGACCAGUUACAGACCAGUUACAACACCCUGUCUAAAGAGAGAGACCAGUUACAGACCAGUUACAACACACUGACUAUAGAGAUAGACCAGUUACGGACCAGUUACAAUAACCUGUCUAAAGAGAGAGACCAGUUACAGACCGGUUACAACACCCUGUCUAAAGAGAGAGACCAGUUACGGACCAGUUACAACACCCUGACUAUAGGGAGAGACGAGUUACGGACCAGUUACAAUAACCUGUCUAAAGAGAGAGACCAGUCACAGACCAGUUACAACACCCUGUCUAAAGAGAGAGACCAGUUACGGACCAGUUACAACACCCUGACUAUAGGGAGAGACCAGUUACGGACCAGUUACAACACCCUGACUAUAGGGAGAGACCAGUUACAGACCAGUUACAACACCCUGUCUAAAGAGAGAGACCAGUUACAGACCAGUUACAACACACUGACUAUAGAGAUAGACCAGUUACGGACCAGUUACAAUAACCUGUCUAAAGAGAGAGACCAGUUACAGACCGGUUACAACACCCUGUCUAAAGAGAGAGACCAGUUACGGACCAGUUACAACACCCUGACUAUAGGGAGAGACGAGUUACGGACCAGUUACAAUAACCUGUCUAAAGAGAGAGACCAGUCACAGACCAGUUACAACACCCUGUCUAAAGAGAGAGACCAGUUACGGACCAGUUACAACACCCUGACUAUAGGGAGAGACCAGUUACGGACCAGUUACAACACCCUGACUAUAGGGAGAGACCAGUUACAGACCAGUUACAACACCCUGUCUAAAGAGAGAGACCAGUUACGGACCAGUUACAACACCCUGACUAUAGGGAGAGACCAGUUACGGACCAGUUACAACACCCUGUCUAAAGAGAGAGACCAGUUACGGACCAGUUACAACACCCUGACUAUAGGGAGAGACCAGUUACGGACCAGUUACAACACCCUGACUAUGGGGAGAGACCAGUUACAGACCAGUUACAACACCCUGUCUAAAGAGAGAGACCAGUUACGGAGCAGUUAUAACACCCUGACUACUCAGACAGACCAGUUACGGACCAGUUACAACACACUGUGUAAAGAGAGAGACCAGUUACAGGCCAGUUACAACACCCUGACUACUGAGAGAGACCAGUGUAGUAACAUGUUGGCUGGAGAUCUUGUUAAACAAGGAUGGAUACUCGUCAACUCCAGUCUUCACUACAUCUCUACUAAGGAGAAGAACUGGACUGAGAGCAGAGAGGACUGCAGAGAGAGAGGAGCAGACCUGGUGAUCAUAAACAGCCCAGAGAAAUGGGAGUUCAUCAUUAAACAGCUGGGCGACAAAAAUCGGGCUUGGAUUGGUCUGAGUGACAGAGACACAGAGGGAGAGUGGAAGUGGGUGGACGGGACAGAAUUGAAGAGCGGCACUGGGUUCUGGUAUAAGGGUGAACCGAAUAAUCAACAUAAUAAUGAAGACUGUGCUGAGAUCUGGACUUUUCCAGAUAAGAAGGCCUGGAAUGACAGACCAUGCUCUGAGAAACAAUGGUGGAUCUGUGAGAUAAAUAUUUUUUAGAGGUAAAUUUAGAUCCGAAGGAAAAAUGAUAAAAUACUUGCACACAUUUAUCAAAUGUAUGUAAUGAGCAGUUGGACCCUUUGUAACUAUCCUUUGUAGUUAUAACUAACUACUUAUAAAGAGCUAUUUAUCAUGUGACCCUCUCAGUUAACCUGCUCACGCAGAACUACCACAUGUUAAUUCACCCAUUUCAUAUUUAUUUCAUAUAAUUCUUAUAGAUUUCAGUAAAAUAAAGUGCACAGAUUAACAAGGCAAGGAUUUUCUUAGACACCAUAAACACUUUUAGAUAUUUUCUUAAGAUAUGAUCAGUCCACUGAUUUGCCUGCAGAAUGAAAACUGAAUUAUUAGUACACAACGUCCUUCCAGGUUCCUUUACUGAUGAUGAUGAUGUUUUGCAAGAAAAAGGUGUUUGGGUGUUUAUUUUAAGACGUUUCUUCUCUGCUCACAUCAUGCUUUAAUUCUAAUCCUUGUAAUGUAUUGUAUUUGAUAGCUUGUGUGUUCUGUGUAUUCUAAUUUCAUAUUAAUGUUUGUGAUGUAUUGAUAUAUGAAUAUGAAACAAAUGUAAAUAAGACAAAUUUGUUCAGUAAGACUAAGCUUCAGAUCAGGCGAUGUCAUGUUCAUGCCACAUCAGAUUGAAAUGUAUUUUCCUUACAAAAAACCAGCAUGUCUCUGUAGUGAGAGAAAAACCAAGGGCUUGUAAAUACAGACUUAACUUUUACUAGAAAUGGACAAUAAAUAAAACUGAUAGGAACAUUGAUCCGCUAAUGUAGGGUGGGAGCAUAAUGUCCAACUACCAUGAAAUGAUUUCUUUUUGCUUUAAAUAGGCCAGAAAUGGUCAAAUCUGAAACUGAACUGAAAGCUGAAACCAAUGAGGCCAGAGAGAAAGAAUGAGUUUAAAGCCUAAACUGUUUUAUUAUCAUGAUGAUGACGACGAUGAUGGUAAUAAUAAUAAAAAUAAUAAUAAUAAUAAUAAUAAUGCUCACCUUAAAUUUCAAUGCUGCAUUUAUGAAUAAAAAUACAUCUGCUU